CGAAAGAGAAAAUAAAAACUCUCGCUUCUCUCUCUGCUGUGGAUUUGGAGUAGUUCAACCAGGCAUUCUUUCCUGCUUUUAUGAUUUCCUCUUUGGUUUUGUCGACGUUCUUGCCAGGAAGGAUAGGCCCUUCUCUGCUCAUCAUGUGAUCAGAACCAUGCAAGCAAAAACCAAAAAGAGAACUGUUACAGAGAAUGGGGAUGGGGGAGAAGACUUGGUACUUGCAACUUCAAUUGGGAAUGGGGAAGAUCUAGGUCCUAUUGUCAGGCAUGCAUUUGAGAUGGGAAGACCGGAGGCCCUCUCACAUCAGCUCAAGAAUGUUGUGAAGAAGAAGGAAGUUGAAAUUGAGGAGCUUUGCAAGCUCCACUAUGAAGAAUUUAUUCUAGCUGUUGAUGAGCUCCGAGGUCUCUUGGUCGAUGCUGAAGAGCUGAAGAGCGAGCUAUCAAGUGAUAAUUUCCGGCUCCAGGAGGUUGGUAGUGAACUUCUGUUGAAACUUGAGGAGCUUCUUGAGUCAUAUUCAAUCAAGAAGAAUGUGACUGAGGCUAUUAAGAUGUCAACGGUGUGUGUGCAAGUCCUAGAGCUGUGUGUGAAGUGUAAUGCAAAUGUAACCGAAGGUCGGUUUUAUCCUGCUCUGAAGACUCUAGACCUGAUUGAGAAAAACAUUUUGCAAAAUAUUCCUGUUAAGGCCCUGCGGAAGGUUAUUGAGAAGCAAAUACCAGCAAUAAAAUUGCAUAUUGAAAAGAGAGUAAAUAGUGAGUUUAAUGAGUGGUUGGUUCACAUUAGGAGCACCGCUAGAGAAAUCGGCCAGAUGGCUAUAGGACAGGCAGCAUCUGCCCGUCAGAGGGAUGAGGAAAUGCGGGCUCGCCAAAGGGAAGCUGAGGAACAGAGCCGAUCGGGGUUAGGAGAUUGUGUGUACACUUUAGAUGUGGAGGAAAUUGAUGAAGAUUCAAUUCUGAAGUUUGAUCUCACACCUGUCUAUCGGGCAUACCACAUCCACACUUGCCUUGGAAUCCAAGAUCAGUUCCGUGAAUACUACUACAAGAAUCGGUUGUUGCAGCUAAAGUCAGACUUGCAAAUAUCCUCGAUUCAACCAUUCCUAGAAUCCCAUCAAACUUUUUUUGCUCAAAUUGCUGGUUACUUUAUAGUGGAGGACCGGAUACUACGAACAGCUGGAGGGCUAUUAUCAGCAAAUCAGGUGGAGACAAUAUGGGAUACAGCUAUUGCGAAGAUGACAGCUGUGCUGGGUGAGCAGUUUUCCCGUAUGGAGACUGCAAGUCAUCUACUUCUGAUCAAGGACUAUAUCACUCUUGUAGGUUCAACUCUUACACGGUAUGGGUACCAGGUAGGUCCUCUACUUGAGGUUCUUGAUAAUAGUAGAGACAAAUACCACGAGCUUCUUCUAGAAGAGUGUCGGCAACAGAUGGUCGAUGUGUUUGCCAACGAAACUUAUGAGCAGAUGGUGAUGAAGAAGGAAUAUGAAUACAAUAUGAAUGUUUUAGCAUUCCAUCUCCAAGCCUCAGAUAUAAUUCCUGCUUUCCCAUAUAUUGCACCUUUCUCCGCCAUUGUUCCUGAUUGCUGCCGCAUUGUCCGAUCAUUUAUUGAAGAUUCUGUCAAUUACUUGUCUUAUGGGGGCCACAUGAACUUCUAUGAUGUUGUAAAGAAAUAUCUGGACAAGCUAUUAAUUGAUGUCUUGAAUGAGGCUGUAUUGAAGGCAAUCCACAGUCCCACCACGGGUAUUUCCCAAACAAUGCAGAUGGCUGCGAACAUUUCUGUUCUUGAGCGAGCUUGUGAUCUUUUUCUGCGACAGGCAGCACAACAUUGUGGCAUUCCUGUACGAUCAAUUGAGAGGACUCAUGCUAGUUUAAAUGCCAGGUCGGUCCUAAAGACAUCAAGGGAUGAGGCCUAUCAUGCUUUGUUAAACCUAGUGAACACUAAGUUGGAUGAAUUUAUGCAACUUACUGACAAUAUCAAUUGGACAACAGAGGAGGCUCCGCAGAAUGUAAAUGAGUAUAUAAAUGAGGUGGUGUUCUACCUUGAGACUCUGAUGUCCACAGCUCAGCAAAUCUUACCAUUGGAUGCCCUGUACAAGGUUGGGAGUGGGGCCCUGGAUCACAUCUCUAACUCAAUUUUGUCAGCUUUUCUCAGUGACAGUGUCAAGAGGUUCAACGUGAAUGCAGUCAUGGGCAUUGACAAUGAUCUAAAACUUUUAGAAUCUUUUGCAGAGGAUAGAUUCCAAAGCACUGGCUUGAGUGAGAUACACAAGGAAGGUAGUUUGAGAGACUGCUUGAUACAAGCACGGCAACUGAUUAACCUUCUUUUGAGCAGCCAGCCUGAGAACUUUAUGAACCCUGUGAUAAGGGAGAAAAACUAUAAUGCUUUGGACUAUAAAAAGGUCGCUAGCAUUUGUGAGAAAUUUAAGGACUCGCCAGAUAGACUGUUUGGAAGCCUUUCAAGUCGGAAUACUAAACAAAAUGCUCGGAAGAAGUCAAUGGACAUGCUGAAGAAAAGACUGAGGGAUUUCAAUUGAGAAUGCAUGAAGUAUAUGACAAGUGUUACAUGUAGAUCCACUUUCACCUCUAUUUGUUUUUCUUUUUCCUUUUGCCCCCCUUCGUCUAAUUAUCUAGAUUUAAAUGGAUUCUCUUCUCCUUCUGUUUCCUGUUCUUUAUGUUUAUUCUCAAUAGUAAUUGACAGCUUUAAUUAAGGAUCAAAUGGGGAUGAUUUUACAUUUAUAAAAGAGUUAUGGCUUGGCCAGCAUGCUUGUA